GUUAUUUUUUUCACGUUAUGUACAUAUCAUCAUAUGUUGCCACUUUUCAUCCACUAUGUUAUUCAGUUAUCUUUUUUAUGAAUUGAUAACAUUUUUAGAUUUAUGUUUAAACCAUUCAUUCCGGAAACAAUACGUUAUUUAUUCUUGUUAUUGCUGAGUUAGAAACAAAGUUUUAUUUGCUGUCUUUCAACAUUAUGUUUUUCCUUUUCUUGCGAGAAUGAUAACAGACUCUCCAGUUUUAUUAGUGAAAGCUAUUCAUAACUUUAAAGGCACCAACAAUGAUGAGCUUUGCUUAAAGAAAGGCGAUGUCAUCACUGUGACUCAGGCUAUAGAUGGAGGCUGGUGGGAAGGUACUUUAAAUGGAGUGACUGGAUGGUUUCCGAGUAAUUAUGUUAAAGAGCUAAAAACAGAAACUUUGAAAUCUAGAAAAAACAAUGUCCAUUCAUCUGAAGUGCCUUUGUCUCCAAAUCUGAAUGAAAUGAAAAUGUACCGUGGUAUUGUUUUUCAAGAUAUUGUUGAUACUGAAAAUAAUCAUUUAAGUGAAUUACAAUCUUUAAGUGAUAAAUAUUUGAAACCUCUUGCAGAGGCUGAUAUUUUGGAUUCAGUAGAAUAUUCUCAGUUAAUAAAUAAUAUGGAAGAUGUAUGUGCUUGUAGUAGAGCUUUGCUUAACAUGUUGGAGGAUGUGAAAGGGGCAGCUGCUAAAGUACAAAGGAUUGGAGGUAUUUUUAUUCAGAUAGCACCACUUAUGAAGAAAAUUCAUUUUAAAUAUUGCUCUGAACAUCCUAAAGCUGUUUCUGUGAUUGAAAAGCACAAAGAUGCUCUUGAAAAAUUUAUGGAGGAGCAUGGAGCUAAUCCCCCUGGUAUUCUUACUUUGACUACUGGCCUCAGUAGACCAUUUAGGCGAUUAGAAAAAUAUCCUGCCCUUCUACAAGAAUUACAGAGGCAUACUCAGGAAAAUCAUAUCGAUAGGGGUGAUACUCAGAGAUCUGUUUCUGUCUAUCGUGAUAUUGCUACUGUGUGUUCAACUAUUAGGAGGCAAAAGGAAAUGGAAUUAGAAAUCAUGACAGGAAACAUUAGAGGCUGGGAAGGAGAAGGAAUACAUACAUUAGGGAGCAUAGUUCAUAUGGGACCUGUAGUAUUCCUUACAGAAGAUUCUAAGAAGAAUGAUCGUUAUCUAGUGUUAUUUCCUGAAACACUAGUCAUCUUGUCCAUUAGUCCUAGAAUGAGUGCUUUUGUUUAUGAGGGUAAACUACCAUUAUCUGGAAUUUCUGUGAGAAAAUUAGACUCUUUUGAAAAUUUCCAGUAUGCUUUUGAAAUUAUUGGAAAUAUGAUACAACGAAUAGCUGUAGUUUGCUCAUCUGCAGAAAUUUUAAAUCAAUGGUUAAAUUCCUUCAGAAGCAACAAUGUGAAAAGCAUAAGUCCUACAUCUUUCUCCCGCCCAUCAACUAUAUCUCGUCACAGUCCAUCUCAUACAACACCAAUGCGAACAUCUAUCUCCCCUAACAGUUCUGUCCAAGGCUUGCAAUCAGUGCCACCGCAUCCAUCCAGAAGUAUAUCACCUGAUGAUAAAACUACCAAUCCAAAUCGAAUAGCUGCUGCAGCUCGUCAAGUAUCAAAAAAGGUAUGGCCAAAUUGGAAUUUACGCCCACAUCCUCCAAUGAGAGCUAGUCUAACAACCCAAAGUGAAGUUAAAUUAAGAAGGAGCAAUAGUUGCAAAAAAGAAAAAGAUCAUGAAUCUGAAGGAGAUUUGCCUUCACGUCAUUUAAAGGAGGUUUUAAACAACUGUGAUAGAACAAGAAACACUGUACAUUCUGCAACUGCAAGUGCUCCUCCUAGAUUAAACUUUGAAGAAGAUAAAAUUAUAAUUGAUGAUGAUGAUAGUCAAGAAGUUAAAGAAAGGACAUUGGUGGACACAGUUUAUAUGCUUAAAGAUCAAAUUCAAGAGCUCAAAUCUGAAAUUUCAUCAUUACGUAAAACUGUGAAUGAAGACAGACUGGCAAUGAGAAAACUUGAAAUGUUAGUGAAACAACAUAUACUUCAGCAGCAAGAAAAUCAUCUAGUUACUAGUCUAGAAGGUUAAAAUUCCAAAUAAAAUUAAAGUUUAUAUACGCAAGGAAGCUCAGGGAUAUUAGACAAUAGUAAAAAUAAUGUAAACAUCAUCUUUGAAUGUUUCUGUGAUUGACACUGUUUUAUUUUUUGUUAUAACAUGCAGAAAUAAUUACCUAUAUAAAAAAGCCAAAUAUAAUUUUAUUUUGAGUUUUAUCUAAAGAAAACAGUAUCUGUAAUUUUAACAAAAAUAGUGGCAAUGAAUGAAGGAAUAUUAGACAAUAGUAAAAAUAAUGUAAACAUCAUCUUUGAAUGUUUCUGUGAUUGACACUGUUUUAUUUUUUGUUAUAACAUGCAGAAAUAAUUACCUAUAUAAAAAAUCAGCUAUAUAUCAAAAUUUUACCAGUAAAUGAAUCAUGUAAUAUAUGUAACUCAUCGCUGUAGAAUAUUGGGACAAUCAAAUAUUUCUAAAAACUUUUAUGAAAUGUCAGUUAUUGUUAUCAGCU